AUGACGGCGCUGGCCGUCGGUGCCGGCAAUGUCGGUGGUGGUAGUGGUGCACUGUCAGUGGUGCAGGCCUAUUGUUCGUCAGACACAAAACAGUCGGCGUACAAAGUGGCUGCUGCGUUCGCUGCGGAGAAGGCGAAGCCGAGGCGAGUCGGUGGGCGACGAGGUGGAGGACGGGGAUGGGGAAUGGUGCACCGUGAUAGAGGGAAGGAGGCAGAGAGAUUGGGGGCGAGGAAGACGGAGGGAACGAGAGAAUCACAGUGGUAUCAGAGGGUCGAGGGUGAUCGAAACCAGUCCGCGAGCGGAUCCGCAGUGAUCGGCGACGAGGGGAAUAGCGCGGCCCUAAACAGAUUUUUGGAGCAUGUCCUGCGAGUGCAGAAUAAUUUGAAGUGGAUGGAUCAUGCCACGCGUCACGUUAAUCGCGGACCUCACCUAGACGAUCCGUAUACAGAACAGCACUCUGCGGUAUCUGCCAACACGGGAGAUGUCCUAGAACAGGCUGAUAUUGGUUAUGGAAGUGGGUUACGCGGCAAGAGGGGCUUCGAUCGGAAUUAUGAAGCGAUGUGGAUGCCGCAGAAGAAGAAAUAUGAGAGAGAGAGUGCUUCGCAUGUCCCACAGAGAGUCUACCUGGAUAACGAAAUUUUCAAGAGAGAUGCCGAAGACGCUGAUUUUCGCGUUCCUUAUCGAUUCCCUGACAUGUUAGAUAGAGCCGUCUACGAGGGAGGAAUGAUGGCCGAUCAACCACUGAAAGAUUGGACCAGAAAAAGGGAUCUCCAUUCCUCGGGCGACUGGUCGAAUUCUAAUGAGAAUCUCGAAGUGACUAACGGCGAGGAUCUCUGGCUUCGUGAUUACAAGCCCGCUCGUGAAACUCUCGUCAAUUCUGAUUCGAACACGGAGGAAAGGAACUCACUCGACGUUGACACGCGAAAUCAACCGGAAAUCGUGUCAUUGUACAAUCCAGCGUAUGCAGAUAAUGUUAUCGCUUUGCGGGAAUCGCCAGUUGCGAUUAGAAACGGAAAACCCCAAGCUAAACCGUCAAUGCUGGAUUCUUUGAAGAAAACUGUACUGAAACUACGAAAUAACUUGAUGCUGAGUAAUAAGAAGAAGAAUAUGAUUUCGAAAGGACAAUCCGAUUGGUGGGACGAUUCGAGAUCGACAGCUGAGAUAUUUGAUUCUGGAAGACAUAAUUUUGAUAAUAAUCUGGAUAAAGAAGCAAUAUGGAGAAUAAAGAGAGCAGAAAAUACAGGAGAUGAAGAUAAAAGAAAUUCGAAAAUUGUUUACGGAGCAGAACUUGAAGAGCGAGAUUUGAAAGAAUUGCACGAUCGCAGCAAACGCAGCAGAAGGAGUUUUGUCGCAGAUUUGAAUUACACAAAUAACCAACAAAAUAUCCUUGAGAACAAAGAUUAUCAAGAAACUCAGAUAACGGAAGACGCGCUUGCAAAUGCAACAAAAAUAUCAAAACCUGCAGAAAUCAUCGUAAAAUCGUAUUCUAAUAAUGCCAAUGAGAACGAGAGAAAUUUCUUGAAUGUUUUAAACAAGACAAACGUUUCCAAACCGCGAUAUUCUGUAGAGGAAGAAUUUUUCCUGCACGACCACUUUAUUAACUUAACGAUUAUCCCAUCAGUAAGCAACAAAACAAAUAUCUCUGGACUGAGAUAUUCUUUAAGCGCAGAAUCUUACCUAAACGGGUAUUCUGUCAACAACAAAUCAUUGUUUCGCAUAAAUAACGAUCUCCACGGGCAUCUUUUUAAAUAUACCACUGAAAAUCAAAUUCCAAUAAUGAGCUCGAAGAUAAUCAGUAGUCAAGUAUCCACAACUGAAAGGCUAUCGAAGAGUGUCGAUCACAUAACGAAGGAUCGCGCUAAUUCACUUAAUCUUGAAGAGAAUUCUCUCGUGUGGAGCACGUCUACAAAUCCGAUAUAUCUUUCAGCGAAUGACGUCGACGAGGACUCUCGAAGGCGAUUGGAAGAUCGAAGAAGCAACACUGAGAAAUUAGGAGUUGCGGCGCGGAAAAUACCGCGAGUCGGCGCGGAUGACGGACAAUCGAAGCGAGAGAAGGAUACGGGGUUGGAGCUUCCCCGAGGAAAUACGGCACGCGGUUUCGGUGCGGUCGCAAAUGAAUCGCGAUGCCGCGUCGUCGAAACAACCACGAUCGUGGGAAAGGGAGUGCUCGGGGUGAACGGGACUCGAAAGGAGAGCCGCGAACCGAUAUCCGGUAUGAUCAAGGUCUUUGAGCCUCGAGGGCGUCCGUAUCAAAAGCAGGGGGUGGAGGCGACGGUGAGAUUGUCCCAGCUAAUGGGGGAGGAUGGAACGUUCACGGGGUGGAUGAGAACAUCGAGCGACGUCGAUGUCGGCGAGUCAAGAAAUGCAAAUGGGGAAGACUCCUCGAAUCUGCCUGCGAUUGAUCCUGUAGCCGUUGCGACAGCGAGACCAAAAGCGGCGAGUGCAAUGACACCGAAGGAUUUCGCCCAGAUGAUCGUAGACAACGAUUCGCGGGGGCAGCAACAGAUGGUCCUGCCUCUAAGUGGCGGGAACAGGAGCGCAAAUAAAUCGAAUGGAAAUUCGGACACCGAUGGAAUCGAUAUUCGCGCCUUCGGGUCGAACGGAAAUGAGACUAUGAAUGUAAAGGAAGCGGCUCGACCUAUAGCGCGGCCUCGUGAGUCCGGUAAUAAUUUACGGAGGAAAUUAUUAUGGAUUUCCAGGAUUUCUGCCGAUGUCGAUGCUGAGGAUUCAACAAUAGAGAACGCAAGAUCGAUCCCUAAUAUAAUGGAGCGUCGUCAUAUUGAGAAUGUAAUCAAGAACGAUCGAGGAAAAAAUAAAACAAUGAUAGUUACUUCAUCAGAUUUUAGUAAAAUGUCUUCUGCGUUGCAAACCAGAAUCAAACGUGAAGAUAACGCUGCGGAAAGUUUUAUACCGCAAAGCGCUUUAAAAUCUCGGGAUUCCGAUGCAAAUUAUCACACUCGUCACAAACGAUCUAUGCAUUCCUCUGAAAAUCUUGCGCGCAAUAAUGCAGCGAAUCCUGAAAAUGCAGCAACUGCGGAAAAAGUGGCGAUGAAUCACGACGAGAAACAAGAAAGUGAUGAAGAAUACUUAAAUCAAAGUGCCGAAGAACUCAAGGAGGACUAUAAUGACAGAGAAGAGGACGCAGUCGAAGAAAAUGACAAAAUAGUUGAAGACGAAAGGGACGAAUCUUCAUCCAGUCGAAAAUUUGAUCCUAUAAAGGCGAGAGUCAAUAUGUUGAUUAAACAGAAGCUUGAGAAGAAGAGUAAAAACAAAGACAGCGAUAGUUAUAAGAGAAGGAAGCGUGAUAUGUUGAAUAUGAUCGAGUAUUACAAUUACGAUGGCGACGAGGAGCAAGAGCGCAAUGCGCCGGUAAACGAGCAGGAGAGUAAAAUUAAAGACGAUGAAUUUUCAAACAAGGAUAACGCAAAAAUAAAGCGCGAUAGCAAAACGAAAUCCUACAAACGUGAGUUAGGCAAAAAGAAAAAUGAGAACAAGGAGGAGAUGCUGAAAAAGGAACGCGAAAAGGAGCGAAGAAAACAUAAAGAGCCGAAGGAACAAAUCAUCGUCGAUCUUGGUGAGCGCAAGAAUAAGACUGUGAAAAAUGAUCUUGACAAGAAACCUUCCGGAUCCUUAGAGUCGAGCUUCGAAAAUGUAUUUAACGAGAAAGGACAAGUAUCGACAAAGGAGAACAUGAAGAAGCUGCUUCAAAGUGAAGACUCUGUGAAUGAUAUUGUUCAAGACUCAGGAAAUGUAAAAUCGAAAUGGUAAAUCGAGUUACAUUGAAUGUUAAUGUCAGUAAAUACGUUUGAUUAAGGAUUCCGUCAAUAAAAUAACU